GAUUUUCAGUCGCAUGCCGAACGCAGAGCGUAGCGCACGUAUUUUUAUAGUGUAAGGUGAAUCGUUGUUACUCUGAAUUAUAGUUGUACUCACUUUAAGCAUAAUGAGUGCCGCAUCCAUUCGCUCUCUGAGCAAAAGCAAACAAACCGCACGCAUUGUGAUCAUUGGAGCCGGCACAGCUGGAAUUGCAGCUGCAACACGAUUACUUGAGCAGGGCUUUAAGAACGUGUUGUUGCUGGAGGCGGAAGAUCGCAUUGGUGGACGCAUUAAUACCAUUCCAUUUGCUGAUAAUGUUAUCGACUUGGGUGCUCAAUGGUGCCAUGGCGAGGUUGGCAAUGUUGUCUACGAACGUGUCAAGGAUCUGAACUUACUUGAAACCACAGAAGGUCACUACGAAACCUUUCGUUGUGUGCGUUCCAACAAAGAAGUGCUGUCCGAUGAGGUGGCAGACAACCUCAAGUCAAUUGCCUUCAACUCCAUACCAGAGAGGCAAACAGAACUGACGGAUUACAAGGGCUCUUUAGGGGAUUACUUAACCCAGAAAUACUGGAAAGAGCUGGAAAAGUUGCCAGCCAUAAAUCAAACCAUAGCCGAGGAAUUUCUGGAGAACUUCCACAAGUUCGAGAGUUCCGUUGAGGCCGCAGAUCAUUUGUACGAAGUGUCGGGACGCGGACACCUCGAGUACUGGCUCUGCGAGGGCGAACUGCUGCUUAACUGGCGCGAUAAGGGCUACAAGAGUUUUCUGCGUUUGCUCAUGCAAUCUAAGCAGAAUAAUCCCGAUGAUCUUGGUGUACUAAAAGGAAGAGUGCUGCUCAACAAGCGUAUAGCACAAAUAAACUGGACAGGCGCUGAUGAGGUGUUAAUUCGUUGCUGGAAUGGCGAAGUGCUCACUGCAGAUCAUGUUAUCUGCACGGUGUCUUUGGGAGUGCUCAAAGAGCAGCACAGCCAGCUCUUUGUGCCCGCUUUACCUGAAGCCAAAGUGCGUGCCAUUAAAGGUCUGAAACUUGGCACCGUUGACAAGUUAUUUUUGGAGUACGCCUUGCCCCCGUUGCCCAAGGAUUGGCCUGGCUUCUGUUGCCUUUGGCUGGCGGAAGAUCUGCAAGAGUUGCGCAGCUCGGCGAGAUUUUGGCUGGAGAGCGUGUUUGGUUUCUAUCCGGUAUCCUAUCAGCCACGUCUGCUGCAGGGUUGGAUCAUUGGCGAACACGCUCGGCACAUGGAAACCCUCACCGAGGAGCAAGUGCUGGAGGGUUUGCUCUGGCUCUUCCGUAAAUUCCUACCCUUCGAUGUGCCACAACCAGUGCGUUGCCUGCGCACUCAGUGGCAUGCGAAUCCCAACUUCAGGGGCAGCUACACUUUCCGCACCACGAUGGCCGAUGAACUACGCACAGGUGCCUGGGAUCUGGAGGCACCGCUGCUCGAUAUUGGCGGCCGACCAAGAUUGCAGUUUGCCGGCGAAGCUUCGCACAAACAUUAUUACUCGACGGUGCACGGGGCAGCGGAGACAGGUUGGCGGGAGGCGGAUCGAUUGAAUAGCUAUUAUCGAUCGAAAACAGCACAGUUAUAAGGAAUUGAUAAGCGUACUGCGAGCUGAUUGCAAGUGCUAAUAAAACUGUAAAAACGUGUCCCAAUUAA